UGGAGAGAGAGAAAGAUGUGAAGCAGCAUUUUGUAGUCGUUUGCAGUUUAUCGCGGCAGAAAAAACAUUGAAUUUUAUUUUUUAGAAUAUUGUUCUUUUGUUUCAAGAAAAUCGCAGUGAUUUAGCUAUUUAAAUAACUGUGAACCUGUUUUGGAUGAAGUAAAGAAAGCUUAUAACUGCCAAAAAAGACAAAAAGAUUACGUGGAUUGUUUCCUACUUACAAACUAUUGAAUCAGAAUUAUUCUUGAUGACUAAUUUUUCCUUCCAGUUCCAUUUCAGUCGAUAGUAAGUAACAAUUAUCUAAUUUGAAGAAUGUCCUCUCCGAUCAGCUCGGCAUCCGAAUACACUAGCGCUUCGGAUGAAACUAUAAAUGAAGCGUUACUUAGUCUGGAUAUCUCUAUGGAUGAAAUUGAAGACAUCAAUCUCUCACAGGAUUGGAGCGGAUUACUGAAGCCAAACCAAAAAAAGAAGCAUGAUUCUCAAGACGCCUCACAGCUGCUGUUAGACAGCUUGAGAAAUAAUAAUUACUCGAGCAAUUCACAGCAGCUUACUCUGGAAAAGAGUCCAUCCAAAUCUUCAAACAACGAAACACUGGAGAGUACCUUGAGCAUAAGUCCUGAAAAAAGUGGAAUCGAAGGAUCCGGUUACGGUAGCUCCACCAUGUCAUUUACGUCCAGCUCCGAUGAAGCCUCGGCCCUGAUUAGUGACGAGGAAGUUAGUACCGGUGCUGUCAGCAGCAGUGUGGGAGCUUCGUCGUCCAGUGUAACUGCACCGAAACCGUCCCUACUGAAUGUCUCACAAGCGAGCGGUCAGCUGCUAGACGAUGACAGCCCAACUACAAAAGACUCGAAGGACACAACGCAUAAUGUUUCGCUGCUUCCAACGGAUGAUGAUCAGCUAACGGAAGUGGAGCAAAGUCAAAAGAAUCCAAUUAAAAUCUACGACUACUUGGAGGAAUUCGACCGCAACCUCCCGGAUACGGUCACUCUGUUGACCACUCCGGAAGGCAGUAAAGUUUAUCUGGUAGGAACAGCGCACUUUAGUGAGAAUUCACAAAACGACGUGUCACUGGUUAUGCAAAACGUGCAACCUAAUGUUGUCAUGCUGGAAUUAUGUCCUUCCCGUAUCCACAUUCUGAAGUACGACGAGCAAUCACUGCUGGAAGAAGCCAAGGAUAUCAAUCUGGCCAAAAUUCUAAGCAUCAUCAAACGAAACGGAGCCAUCAAUGGACUGUUUUAUAUUUUACUGCUAAACAUGAGUGCCAAAAUCACGAAAAAGCUCGGAAUGGCACCUGGUGGUGAAUUCCGUCGGGCAGUGGACGAAGCUUCUCGCAUUCCAAGAUGUGUCAUCCAGCUGGGUGACCGACAGAUUAACAUUACACUUCAGCGUGCUUUGCGUGGUUUAUCGCUGUGGCAAACGAUCAAGCUGAUUCCCAAGCUGCUGAUUAUGGAUGACAUCAGCAUUGAAGACGUUGAACAGUGCAAACAAAAAGAUCUGUUGGAGGAAAUCAUGCUAGAAAUGGCCGGGGAAUUUCCCGCCUUCGGAAGGGUCUUUGUUGAGGAGCGGGAUCUGUAUCUGUGCUACUCGUUACAGGUUGCCGCAAUGCCCUACCAGCUGACGGACGAUAUUCGUCUACCAGUCCACGUUGUUGGGGUGGUAGGAAUUGGACAUGCCGCCGGAAUUAUCAAGCACUGGGGUAAGGUAGAACGUACGGCUAUCGAUUCGAUCGUGACCAUUCCACCGGCCAGCUUCAGUCACCGAGCGGCCAAGAUUGUACUGAAGUACGGCACGCUGGGAUUGUGCGCCUACGGUGCGUUUCGGUUCGUGCGACCACGGUUAAGCCGAUGGUUGUGAUCGGUGGUAUAUUUUCUGGUGCUCGAGAGCUACUGAAGGCUCGCCUUCUUUUCUUUUUUUAAAUACAUUUUUGACCACAGUAAGAAGCACCUUCGUUGGUAUGGUAUUUGCAUGUGUAUCUGAGCAUCUCCUUCAAAUUUAAUGUACAGUGUUGGUACAUCUAGGGUAUAUAUAUAUAUAUAGUGUUUGCGCCGAUCAGGGCAAAGUCUAAUGCGAAUCAAAAUGUAAAGAAAUAGUGCCGGAUAUAAAGCGGAGCUAAAUAAAUUGUUUCAGAAUUCAA